AUGGAAGGUACUGCAAAUUUGCGAGUGUAUUAUAACGGUGAUAUUAUACCAAAUACACACGAAGGAGUGAGUUUUCUUUGUCAAUGUCCGUUGUCAUUUGUUAUACCGUGCACGAUGAGUUUUGUAGAGUUACAAAAUGGUCUUUGUGAUAACAUACAAAAUCACAUUUCGAAAAGGGUGAGCAAUAUUUUAUACAGGAAUCCUGUACAAGUAUUUGGUGGGCUGAUACAGUUUCAAAUAAUGCCCAUCACGGAUGACGCCAGCAUGCAGCAGAUGUUCUGUAUUUAUCAACAAACCCGAUUUCACGUGCCGAUGAUAGAGCUGUACGUUGAGUUCGAACAACAUUCGAGCCUGGACGUGGCCGGCGAGGAGGUCGAUGUUGAUGAGUGCGGGGACCUAGAUUGGGAAGAAGAUAACAACGAUAGUGAAGAGGAGUUCGAAGCCAACUAUGAAGUUGAUGACGAAAACGAUGACGGAGACUUGGCAGGCAAUCCGGUGAUGCAGAAUGAAGCGGCCUCGAUUGUAAGCCGGCAGCCGUUUGGUGUUCCAUCUUUUAUGCGGACUCUGGAUCUCGAAGCCAUGCAUGCCCCGGAAUUUCCUGAGUAUGCAAAUAACGGUGAAGGCAACGUUGCGGCGGAAGAUGGUGAGUUUAGUGUCGGAAUGGAAUUUGGCUCUAGAGAGUCGGGUUAUGGUGCCGGGUGCGACUGGCUUAUCCGAGCUAGCUUGAUUCGAAAGAAAGCUUGUUGGGAGAUCAGGAGAUACAAUGGCAAACACACGUGCACCAUGGGAAGGUCUAUAGAGGCGAGUUUGUCCCGAUGGGUGACCCGUCUACGUGGGCUCCGUAUGAAGGAGCGAAGGUGA